AUGGGCAACAAAUUGGUGAAGCAGCUGGACAAGGCCAAGAAGAAGGGCGAGAGGGUCAUUGACUUGCAUGGCAAGGGCAUCUCCGACUUGCCUGACGAAGUCGGCCAGCUCGACGAGGUCCUCCUCCUCAACGUCUCCGCAAACUCGCUGAAGGAUCUCCCGGACAUGCUCGGCAACAUGUCCUCGCUCACCUCGCUCAACGUCUCCCUCAACAAGAUCACAGAGCUGCCCUCCACCAUCACCCGCCUUCGCAACCUCGCCCGCCUCAACGUCGCAUGCAACAUGCUGCCGACGCUUCCUCGCGGAUUUGGCGGCAUGAACGCCCUUGUCUUCCUUGAUCUCUCCUGCAACAAGCUGACCGAGAUCUCCAACCAGAUCGGCCUGCUCAACACCCUGCACGAGCUCUACCUCUCCGACAACCUGCUUGAGGAGCUUCCCGAGGACAUCGGCCGGCUGGAGAACCUGGAGAUUCUCUACGUCACCAACAACCAGCUGACCUCGGUCCCGAGCACCAUUGGCAACCUCUCGCAGCUGCACGACCUCUCGCUGAUGCAGAACGAUCUCGUCGUCUACAUCGAGGGCGUCGAGGUCUUCAAGGAGUAUCUCCAGUCCGACGCGUACGUUGAGGACGCCCGCGCCCAUCUCGAUGACUCGUGA